AUGGCCAGAGUGUUCAUUGUGGGAGCAAAACGUACGCCAUUUGGAACAUAUGGGGGAGCAUUCUUGAACAAGACUUGUGUGGAUCUCCAAGAGGUUGCAGGAAGAGCAGCUCUUGGGCAAGCCAAUGUCAAUCCUGAGCUCAUUGACUCAGUUAUCAUCGGCAAUGUCCUCUCAGCAGCAUCAACAGAUGCCCCAUAUGUUUCUCGCCACGUCUCCUUGAGACUGGGUAUUCCAAAGAGCGUCCCAGCAUUAACUGUCAAUCGCCUGUGUGGAUCUGGCUUCCAGGCAGUGGUGAAUGCAUCUCAUGAAAUCCAACUGGGUGAUGCAAAAAUAGUUCUGGCAGGAGGGACUGACAACAUGAGCCAGUGUCCAUUUGCAGCUCGCAAUAUGCGGUUUGGCACAAAGCUGGGGGAGCAGUACAUACUUGAGGACAUGAUGUGGGCUGCUCUGACUGAUGCUCACAUCAAGACCCCUAUGGGUGUCACAGCUGAGAAUCUGGCUGAGCAAUACAAAAUCACUCGGGAGGAUGUGGAUGAGUUUGCAUACAAAUCUCAGAUGGGCUGGAAAAAGUGCCAAGAAGGUGGAUUUUUCAAAGAUGAGAUUGCCCCAGUAAUGGUGAAGACUCGGAAGGGUGAGAAAGAGCUUACAUGUGAUGAACAUCCUAAACCAGAAACCACAAGAGAGGGACUUGCUAAGUUGCCUUCUGUCUUCAAGAAGAAUGGAACUGUUACAGCUGGCACUGCCUCUGGGAUAUGUGAUGGGGCUGGAGCUCUGGUUGUUGCAAGUGAAGAAGCUUGCAAGAAACACAAUCUAAAGCCUCUGGCUCGCCUUGUGGCAUAUGGCAUCGCUGGCUGUGAUCCUAGUAUCAUGGGUAUAGGCCCUGUUCCUGCCAUUCAGAAGAUGCUCAAGGCUGCCAGUAUGCAACUCAAGGAUAUUGAUCUCAUUGAGAUCAAUGAGGCAUUUGCGCCACAGACUCUUGCAUGCCAAAGAGCCUUAGAUAUUGAUCCAGCAAUUCUGAAUGUGAAUGGGGGUGCAAUUGCUCUUGGGCAUCCAUUGGCAGCAUCUGGAGCACGUAUCACAAGCCACUUGACACACGAGCUCAGGCAAAAGAAGAAGAAAUAUGGAAUCGGGUCAGCCUGCAUUGGAGGUGGUCAGGGCAUAGCCCUACUUCUUGAGAGCAUUCAAUAGUCCAGAUUCAAAUGCUUCCAUACAGGGAUUCAUUUGUAAUCAUUCGCAUGAUUAUGCUUUUGUUUUCUUUUUUUAUUAUAUAAGAUUUUAUUUUUUCUGCUGCCUGAGAAUGGAAGGUGGAAAGAAAUCUGCAUGUAUUAAAAGGGGUGAUGAUUUUCUUAUCAAGGAAUAA